ACCAAAGAUAUAUGCUACCUCUAUCCAUGUGUCUGUGUAUCUGCAUCUUGUUUGUUGGUGAUGGGGGAAGUUGGUUAUCUCAUUGAGGGGUUGAAUUUUAAGGUAGCGGAUGUAGAAUAAUGUUGUGAGUAUGUGACCACUGACUUAUAAGUUAUGUUGCUCGGACUCUGUUCAAGGUGUAUGUUGGGUCCUUCAAAAAUAGUGCAUUUUUGAAGGAUUUGACAGGGGUGUAUUUACAUAUGGUUAUUUGGUUGAUUGGUCUGUGUAUCUGGAUCCAGAGGCGGAGCAAAGAAAGCUUCAGGAGUAUUGACUUCUGUAGUAAUUAUUGAUGGAACCAAACUGCCCAACAUCUAGCAACGAUUAUGCUGCUGACAUCUCUUCCAUCAGGCAAGCUCAAGUACGCAUUGAGCCCUUUGCGCACAGAACUCCUGUCCUCACCUCAGAAACUUUAGACUCUAUUGCUGGAAGAAAGUUGUACUUUAAAUGUGAAUGCUUUCAGAAGGGGGGAGCUUUUAAAUUCCGAGGGGCAUGCAAUGCUAUUUAUUCACUUGAUGAUGAUCAUGCUGCUAAAGGAGUUGUAACUCAUAGCAGUGGAAAUCAUGCUGCAGCUCUUGCUUUGGCUGCAAAGCUACGGGGCAUCCCUGCUUAUAUAGUUAUACCAAAAAAUGCUCCAAAAUGCAAAGUCGAGAAUGUCAAACGUUACAGUGGUCAGGUUAUCUGGAGUGAGCCAUCGAUGCAGUCCCGAGAGGAUACUGCAAACAAGGUGUUGCAAGAUACUGGUGCUGUUCUUAUUCAUCCCUAUAAUGAUGGUCGCAUUAUAAGUGGGCAGGGUACAAUAUCACUGGAGCUUCUGGAACAGGCUUCCGAAAUUGACACCUUAAUAGUCCCAAUUAGCGGUGGUGGUUUGAUAUCGGGAGUUGCGUUGGCUGCCAAAGCCAUUAAUCCUGCCAUUCGCAUUUUUGCUGCCGAACCAAUGGGAGCGGAUGAUGCUUUCCAGUCGAAGAUCAAUGGCAGGAUCACUAAGUUAUCUGAGGUCAACACUAUUGCUGAUGGGCUUCGAGCCUUUCUUGGAGACCUCACAUGGCCUAUCGUUCGCGAUCUCGUGGAUGACGUCAUAGUUGUUGAUGAUGAAGAGAUAAUACAAGCUAUGAGACUUUGCUAUGAAAUUCUAAAGAUUGCAGUGGAACCAAGUGGAGCUAUUGGCCUUGCAGCAGUUCUUUCCAAUAGUUUUAAAACAAAUCCAGCUUAUAGAGAAUGCAAUAAUAUUGGCAUUGUAAUUUCUGGAGGCAAUGUUGAUCUUGGUGUGCUUUGGAAUUCCGAUAACAAAUGAGAAACUCUGUAUUCAAUUUCUCCCCUCAUUGGAACAAACUUCUAUAUGACUUAUGUAUUCUUGCAA